UUUUUUUUUCCUGUUCAAGUCUGGACCUUUUAGGUUUUUCACAAGAUAAUUUCCUCGCUUGACUGUAGUGCUGUCAAGGAAGUACAGUAUUUGUUAAAAUUACCAUGACAGUCCUUCGUUUUUUGUCACAGCUAAGUCUGACGGAAAACUCCACGUCAACGUUAAUGUUCUGUGCAGGAAGAUGUUCCCUGUAGACCUUCCACCUGUAGAUGAAACUGACCUGACGUCAGCAUCUGAACAAUAUCUUUUGUCGCUUGAAUCCAGACCUGAAGGUCAUGAAUGGUUUCAGUCAUCCAGCACAUCUAAGUUGCAAAUAACAGCAAGUAACAUAAAAUGGUUGCAAUUGUUUGAAGAUGACCAAGCUAGAUGUUCGUUAUUGGCACUUCAUCCACCCGAUGAUCCAGCUCAAGUGGUGGCCUUAUACUUGCAUGGAAGUUGGUGGCGUGUGAAUGACGUUUUACGGACAUCCUGCAAAACAAGAACUGACUUGCUGCCAGUGCAGUCACUUAUGGAGAGGCUCAUUAUAUUCCUGCUAAGUCAGGUCGUGGAGAGGCCGUCACAGCAAGAAGCACUCUUCUCCCUGCACCCCCGCUCGGAGAGCGCCAAAUUGCUGUGGAGAGAUGGCCAAGCAGUCGGCUUCUACACUGUCAAGCGCAAGGGCAGUCUCUGCGACAGCUGGAGUAGUCGCUGCUACCUGCUGCCUGUUCUAGACACUAUACUGGUGAGGACGAGCUGGCGGAGGAGAGGACUGGGCCUUAAGAUGCUGAGUGACUUCUGCUCCUCCUUCCCCAGCGAGGAGGUGCUGGGAAUCAGUGUGCCACUUUCAGCCAGCAUGGUUGCAGUGUGUAGGCACUUUUUGCAACUGAAUGAAGAUCACAGAGACCGUCUGUAUGAAGUCGAGGCUCCGGGUGCAUGGACUCAACGGCGAAACAUCUGGCUCAACAUCCAACUAUCCCGCUAUGUGCACAGUGGAGAACAAGUUGGCUGAGUAGGAAACCUCAUUUGAUCCAAGACUGGGUCCAUAUAUCUUGUAUCUUCUACAAGUUGGUAGAAGUUCCUUUGUUUUAGCUAUCGUAACUGUUUGAUUUACGGUUUCUUGCAUCUAUCCGUUUUACCGGCACGCUCCGGAUAGGUUGCCAGCCCAUGUUAAUUCUUCCUUCAGGAGUCAUGUCACACCGAGCUGAGGAGCAGAGAACACCCAGAUUGCUAUCAAAACUGGUGAAAUGUACUCCUCCUACAUCAGUGGUUCUUAACCUGGGUUCGUCAGCAGUGUAGUACCUGAGAUUGAUCAAUCCUGUUUGUAUACUAUUCACUAUUUUUUUAUUAUCGUCUUAAAGGGGCAGAGAAAAUGUACAUUGAUUCACUUGUAAAAUAGUUGGGUAUCAACUAAUGUCUGUCCCCCAAAUUAAAAAUAAUACACUACCAAGGAA